AUGGCUGCCUGCACUGCACAACAUCCAAGAGCGCUUUUUGCCAAGACAGAAACUGUGGUCUUUUGCCAAGAACAGCCCCGGAUUGGAAACCCAUACCUGGAAGAUGCUUUUCUUCAGGGUUACCUGAAAUCGUAUCUACCUUCCAAGGUGUUCACUGAGGUCAGUGCGGACCUUGAAAGGUUUGGGGCUCGUGUGAAGGAUGAAAUUGAUUCCCUGGGACGAGAAUGUGAGUUAACCCCACCCAAGUUGCAGCAGUUUGAUGCCUGGGGACAACGCCUGGACCAAAUUAUAACCUGCCCAGCGUGGAAGAGGAUGAAGGAGAUUUCUGCUGAGGAGGGAUUGAUUGCUGAGGCUUAUGAGCGGAAAUACUCCAGCUGGAGCCGUGUUUACCAGAUUGCCAAGUUGUACCUGUAUGCACCUUCCGCUGGACUCUUUACAAGCUCCCUGGCCAUGACAGACGGAGCAGCAAAAGUUAUUGAGUCCUUGGGUAUCCCCAGGCCAUUAGAAGAAGCCUAUAGCCGCCUGACAUCACGUGAUGCCAGAAAGUUCUGGACCUCUGGCCAGUGGAUGACUGAACGCAGAGGGGGCUCUGAUGUUGCGAAUGGCACUGAGACAGUGGCCCAAAAGCUGCCUGAUGGCACCUACAGCCUCCAUGGCUUGAAAUGGUUCACAUCAGCUACAGAUUCAGACAUGACUCUGACGCUGGCAAGGAUCAUGACUGCUGAAGGGCAAGUAGAACAGGGCUCCAGAGGCCUUUCCCUGUUCUAUUUGCAAGUGCGUGAUGAAAACGGGAAGCUGAACGGGAUUGAGAUACAGCGGCUAAAGGAGAAACUGGGCACGAAGCCAGUGCCAACUGCCGAGCUGGCCUUAGAUGGAGCGCGGGCACAUCGGAUCUCCACAGAGGGCCGAGGUGUGGCCUCCAUUGCCAACAUGCUAACCAUCGCUAGGGUCCAUAAUGUCGUCUCUGCAGCUGCUUGCAUGAAAAGGAUGAUCCAGAUGGCAAGGGACUAUGCCACCAAGAGGGAAGCUUUUGGAAAGGUCCUGAAGGAGCACCCCUUGCAUAUGCAGACCUUGGCGCGAAUGGAGGUGCAAGCCAGAGGGGCCUUCCUCCUGCUGAUGGAGAUAGCCAGGCUGCUUGGGCUAGAGGAAACCAGCAUGGCUACUACCCAGGACCUGCACAUGCUUAGGCUGCUGACGCCCCUUGCAAAGCUUUACACGGCGAAACAGGCUGUUGCUGUUAUCUCAGAAGGGCUGGAGUGUUUUGGAGGGCAGGGCUACAUGGAAGAUACAGGUCUGCCAGCUGUUUUCCGAGAUGCCCAGGUGAUGACAAUCUGGGAAGGGACGACCAAUAUCCUCUCGCUGGACGUCCUGCGCUCCCUUGUCAAGAGCCAAGGGAAAGUGUUGGAUGCGUUUCUCUCUUCAGCCCAGGCCAAACUGGAAGUGGCUUCCAGCUUUUCUGAACUGGAACCCGAGGUGCAAAUGGCUCAGAAUGCUCUCCAUAAGCUUGGACAGUUCAUUCAGAAAAUGAGCUCAAAGGGGGAGGCCGGGAUGCAGCUGGCGGCAAGAGACUUUGCCUACACUCUAGCCCGGAUCUAUGGAGGAGUGCUUUUACUGGAACAUGCUGCCAGGCCCAAUGCUUCCGCCGCAGACAUCUUCACUGCUCACAGGUGGUGUCACCAAGAUCUCUGCCCUGUAGACCAAGAAGACAAAGCUGGCUCUUAUGGUACUCAAGCAGCUUCUUUGAACACCUCUUUGGUCUAUGAUGUAAACCCAAUUCUGAAAGGAAAACUGUGACGAUCAAGAUGGUGACAGAUUCCAUGUGGUGGGUUUUGAAUGGGCACUGUGUGCAAAACUGUACUGCUCAACGGUAAAGUAACUCUGAAAGUUUA